AUGGGAGGUCAGUCCACGCUGACCCUGGUUGUCUUUUGCGUGCUUCAGUUUCCUUGCCAGGUUUGGAGCUCCGGCGUGUUCGAGCUGAAGCUGCAGGAGUUUGUCAACAAGAAGGGGCUUCUGGGCAACCGCAACUGCUGCCGGGAGGGCCUGGGCUCGGCCAGCCCCAGCGGCGGCGCGGCCGCCGGGCUGCAGCAGUGCGACUGCAAGACCUUCUUCCGCGUGUGCCUCAAGCACUACCAAGCCAGCGUGUCUCCGGAGCCGCCUUGCACCUACGGCAGCGCCGUCACGCCGGUGCUCGGAGCCAACUCCUUCAGCGUGCCCGACAACCCGGCCAGCAGCAGCGACCCCUCCUUCAGCAACCCCAUCCGCUUCCCCUUCGGCUUCACCUGGCCGGGCACUUUCUCGCUCAUCAUUGAAGCCCUGCACACGGACUCCCCCGAUGACCUCAACACAGAGAAUCCGGAGCGCCUCAUUAGCCGCCUGGCUACCCAGAGGCAUUUGACCGUUGGGGAAGAAUGGUCCCAGGACCUGCACAGCAGCGGCCGCACUGACCUCAAGUAUUCCUACCGUUUUGUGUGUGAUGAACACUACUACGGGGAGGGCUGCUCCGUCUUCUGCCGGCCCAGGGAUGAUGCCUUUGGCCACUUUACUUGCGGGGAGCGAGGGGAGAAAGUCUGCAAUCCCGGGUGGAAGGGGCAGUACUGCACUGACGCUAUUUGUUUGCCUGGUUGUGAUGAGCAGCAUGGAUUUUGUGAAAAGCCCGGGGAAUGCAAAUGCCGAGUUGGUUGGCAAGGGCGCUACUGUGAUGAAUGCAUCCGGUACCCAGGUUGUCUUCAUGGUACCUGUCAACAGCCUUGGCAGUGCAACUGUCAGGAAGGCUGGGGCGGUCUUUUCUGUAACCAGGAUCUCAAUUACUGUACUCACCACAAGCCUUGCAAGAAUGGCGCCACUUGUACCAACACUGGCCAAGGGAGCUACACCUGUUCGUGUCGUCCUGGCUACACCGGUUCCAACUGUGAGAUUGAAAUCAACGAGUGUGAUGCCAAUCCUUGCAAGAAUGGAGGAAGCUGUACUGAUCUUGAAAACAGCUAUUCCUGUACCUGUCCGCCUGGUUUCUAUGGCAAGAACUGUGAGCUCGGUGCAAUGACUUGUGCCGAUGGACCAUGCUUCAAUGGGGGACGAUGUACAGACAACCCAGAAGGGGGAUACAGCUGCCGGUGCCCAGUGGGUUACUCUGGAUUUAACUGUGAAAAGAAAAUUGACUAUUGCAGUUCCAGUCCCUGUGCUAAUGGAGCUCAGUGUGUUGAUCUUGGGAAUUCCUACAUAUGCCAAUGUCAAGCUGGCUUCACUGGAAGACACUGUGAUGAUAAUGUGGACGACUGUGCUUCCUUUCCCUGCUUAAAUGGUGGGACCUGCCAAGAUGGAGUUAAUGAUUAUUCUUGCACCUGCCCCCCGGGAUACAGUGGAAAGAACUGUAGCACCCCUGUCAGCAAAUGUGAACACAGCCCUUGUCAUAACGGGGCAACUUGCCAUGAGAGAAACAACCGUUAUGUUUGUGAAUGCGCACGUGGAUAUGGGGGCCUCAACUGUCAGUUUUUGCUCCCUGAACCGCCGCAGGGGGCCGUCAUUGUUGACAUCACUGAGAAGUACACUGAAGGUCAGAGUUCCCAGUUCCCAUGGAUUGCAGUGUGUGCUGGCAUUAUUCUGGUCCUGAUGCUUUUGCUGGGCUGUGCUGCCGUCGUCGUCUGCUUCCGGCUCAAAACUCAGAAGAGGCAACAUCAGCCGGAGGCGUGCCGAAGUGAAACCGAGACCAUGAACAACUUGGCCAACUGUCAACGCGAGAAGGACAUUUCCAUCAGCGUCAUUGGCGCCACUCAGAUUAAGAACACCAAUAAGAAAGUAGACUUCCACAGUGAUAACGCUGACAAAAAUGGCUAUAAAGCCAGAUACCCGUCCGUGGAUUACAAUUUGGUGCAUGAACUCAAGAAUGAGGACUCUGUGAAAGAGGAGCACAGCAGAUGCGAAGCUAAGUGUGAAACGUAUGAUUCUGAGGCAGAAGAAAAAAAUGCAGUACAGCUAAAGAGUGAAACAUCUGAAAGGAAACGGCCAGAAUCGGUAUAUUCCACUUCAAAAGACACAAAGUACCAGUCAGUGUAUGUCAUAUCAGAAGAGAAAGAUGAAUGCAUCAUAGCAACGGAGGUUGGUACAUUCUAAAGACGAUAUGGCAAAAUUGUUGUUUUGAAACAAUUUUCAAAGCUGAUCUGCCCCAAUGAAUGCUGCUGAACAAGGAAAGGGAGAAAGAUUCCUUCACUGACUGCUGCUGAAAAACUAAAUUCAGGCUGAGCUGGUUCUCUGCUGAAGUUAGCAAAAGUGACUGCAAAUAAUACACGGUGGACACCAGGCCAGGGUCUGUGUUCAAAGAUACCUGUUGCACUGCCUUUUAUGAAUAUUUAUCAUUGCACUAUGGUCAGUUGCUUUUUUUUCUAUAUAUAUUUAAAUGAACGGACUUAAUUUCUUACAUAAGAAGCAUGCACUGCCUGAAGUGUAUAUUUUGGAUUCUUAUGAGCCAGUUGUUUCAUGGAUUAGAGAUACAAACACUGCCUUUAUUGUCCUUUUUUUAUACUAAAAAUGUGUUUUUACUAG